CCUGGUAACACUUUUAAGCUAAUCUUUUCGGUUGCUUCUCCUUUUUUGAGUUUUCCACAACGGCACUCCGGUCGAUAAUGUCAACAAACUGACACCGGCCCGUAUAAAUUCUCCGCAACUUAACCAAUCCCACAUCUAUAUCAUAGCCGCAUCCAAGAUCCGAGAUGGGCCAGAAAGUAUCGCGAAAUGACUUUGAAUGGGUCUACACGGAAGAGCCGCACGCGUCGCGGCGGAAGAUCAUCCUGGAAAAGUACCCGCAGAUCAAGAAACUCUUCGGACACGAUCCCAACUUCAAGUGGGUGGCGGGAGCCAUGGUCCUCACCCAGAUCCUGGCGCUGUUCGUCGUGAAAGACCUCUCCUGGUCCUGGUUACUGGUGGCCGCCUACUGCUUCGGAGGAAUAAUCAACCACUCGCUUAUGCUGGCUGUGCACGAGAUAUCCCACAACCUGGCCUUCGGACAUAGCCGGCCGAUGCACAACCGUAUCUUGGGCUUCAUCUGCAACCUACCGAUCGGUCUGCCCAUGAGUAUAUCCUUCAAGAAGUACCACCUCGAGCACCACCGUUACCAAGGCGAUGAGGCCAUUGAUACCGACAUACCCACUCUCCUUGAGGCUCGACUGUUCGACACCACCUUCGGAAAGUUUCUGUGGGUGUGCCUGCAGCCAUUCUUCUACAUAUUCCGUCCACUGGUGAUCAACCCCAAGCCCCCGACUCGCCUUGAAAUCAUCAACACCGUGGUUCAGUUGACUUUCAACGCUCUGAUUGUGUACUUUUUGGGAUGGAAGCCACUGGCCUAUCUAUUGAUUGGCAGCAUCCUGGCCAUGGGCCUGCACCCGGUCGCUGGACACUUCAUUUCGGAGCACUACAUGUUCGCCAAGGGAUUUGAGACAUACUCCUACUACGGCCCCCUCAACUGGAUCACCUUCAACGUCGGCUACCACAACGAGCACCACGACUUCCCGGCAGUGCCCGGCUCCCGGCUGCCGGAGGUGAAGCGGAUCGCCAAGGAGUUCUAUGACACCAUGCCCCAGCACACCAGUUGGACGCGGGUGCUGUAUGACUUCAUAAUGGAUCCGGCGGUGGGACCAUAUGCGAGAGUGAAGCGCCGCCAGCGCGGCUUGGCCUCAUAAGGGGUGGAUGAUGCCACCCAUGGUUUCCCCGGCACGAAUGUAAUCUCAGCGUUAGACCUAUUAACGGCUUUCAUACACAUGCGAGACAAUUUAUUAUUGAGGGUGGAGGAGCAGAGUCACUUGUUAAUUAAGAAACAACAACAAGGCGAUUAGAUAAUGGGCACUCGCAGCGGCUGAUUCGAACAAUUAUUGUGGGCCUAUUUGAAUUCGGCCUAACUAAGGGACACAUUCGAACGCUUUAACUAAUUGUUACCUCAUAAGUUGAAAAGCCUGUUAAAUCUAGUGUGUAAUACAUGUACUGUUGUCUUAGUAUUUUCGAUGAAUAUUUAUAUUGCUUUAUAUAAUAUAUAAAAUAACGUAACGUAAACUACUCUUCAUGCGUACAGGCCGGCCAAGAAGACGACCAGGCAGCAGCAGUCGAUUUAAACUAUAAACCAACUACUAUUUUUUAUAUAGACUCUUGCAAACUGUUACCUAAGAAUAAAGUCAAAGAGAACUCUGUUGUCCGGUCCGGCCAGUCAGUGAGUCGGUCGGCGUGUACGGAAAUCUACAAUAUUUGAGCAAAAUAAACACGGCAUAGCGCCCUAUUGUAAUAACUCUA